AGAGGCCACGACGAAAUCUUUUCGUUGAUAUCCCGGCAUUGAGAUCGGUUUGUAGUCAGUUACUCCUUGUUGUCCGUGUUGUAUGUCUGAUUUCUGUCGAAGUGAACAAAUCUUUUGCUUGGAAAGAGAAGAAAAUAAGCGCACACUUAAUUCCUAAGCCGGACUGCUUUUAUACGAAGAAGAAUGAAAGGAGCUAAAGCUCUAAUUUUGUUGGGCUUAAUAGCCCUUGCUUCUGCGAAGGAAGAAAAGGAGAAGGAAGACAUUGGAACUGUCAUUGGAAUUGAUUUGGGUACAACAUAUUCCUGUGUUGGAGUAUAUAAAAAUGGAAGGGCAGAAAUUAUAGCUAACGAUCAAGGAAAUAGAAUCACGCCCUCUUAUGUAGCGUUCACUGCUGACGGUGAACGUUUAAUUGGAGAUGCCGCGAAGAAUCAGUUGACUACAAAUCCAGAAAAUACUGUCUUUGAUGCCAAACGGUUGAUCGGUAGGGAAUGGUCUGACCCUACCGUGCAACAUGACAUCAAGUUCUUCCCAUUUAAAGUAAUUGAAAAAUACAGUAAACCACAUAUAAAAGUGGUAGUCAACGGCGAAGAGAAAAUUUUUGCCCCUGAAGAAAUCUCUGCCAUGGUCCUUGGUAAAAUGAAGGAAACUGCAGAAGCAUACUUGGGUAAGAAAGUCACUCAUGCGGUUGUCACUGUACCUGCCUACUUCAACGAUGCACAGAGACAGGCUACCAAGGACGCAGGCACUAUUUCUGGACUUGUCGUUAUGAGAAUCAUCAAUGAACCUACAGCUGCUGCAAUUGCUUACGGUUUAGACAAAAAAGACGGGGAAAAGAACGUUCUGGUCUUCGAUUUGGGCGGCGGUACCUUCGAUGUCAGUUUGCUUACAAUUGAUAAUGGAGUAUUCGAGGUGGUAGCGACAAAUGGCGAUACUCACUUGGGUGGCGAAGAUUUCGACCAACGUGUAAUGGAUCAUUUCAUCAAACUGUACAAGAGGAAGAAGGGCAAAGAUAUUCGUAAAGACAGCAGAGCGUUGCAGAAACUACGUCGUGAAGUUGAGAAAGCUAAGAGAGCACUUAGUGUCAGCCACCAAGUGAGGAUUGAAAUUGAAUCGUUCUUCGAAGGCGAAGACUUCUCGGAAACGCUGACGCGCGCCAAAUUCGAAGAACUGAACAUGGAUCUUUUCCGCAGCACCUUAAAACCGGUACAGAAAGUUUUAGAAGACUCUGACAUGAACAAGAAGGACGUCAAUGAAAUAGUACUGGUCGGAGGAUCUACCAGAAUUCCCAAAGUGCAGCAGUUGGUCAAAGAAUUUUUCGGCGGUAAAGAACCAUCUCGAGGAAUCAAUCCCGACGAAGCUGUAGCGUAUGGCGCUGCGGUUCAGGCUGGUGUACUUUCCGGAGAACAAGACACAGACGCCAUUGUAUUAUUGGACGUCAACCCUCUCACUAUGGGCAUCGAAACUGUUGGUGGUGUGAUGACCAAACUUAUUCCUAGGAACACUGUAAUUCCAACGAAGAAGUCUCAGAUCUUCUCCACCGCGAGCGACAACCAGCACACAGUGACUAUCCAAGUAUACGAAGGUGAACGUCCGAUGACGAAAGACAACCAUCUUCUCGGCAAAUUCGAUCUGACCGGAAUUCCGCCGGCGCCCCGAGGAAUACCGCAGAUCGAGGUCACCUUCGAGAUCGACGCCAACGGUAUCCUCCAAGUGUCCGCCGAGGACAAAGGGACCGGUAACCGCGAGAAGAUCGUGAUCACGAACGACCAGAACAGGCUGACCCCCGACGACAUCGAGAGGAUGAUCAAGGACGCCGAGAAGUUCGCGGCUGACGACAAGAAACUGAAGGAGCGAGUGGAGGCGCGCAACGAGCUCGAGUCGUACGCGUACGCCCUGAAGAACCAGCUGGCCGACAAGGAGAAGCUCGGCUCGAAGGUGAGCGACUCGGACAAGGCCAAGAUGGAGGAGGCCGUCGAGGAGAAGAUCAAAUGGCUGGAGGACAACCAGGACACCGAUCCGGAGGAGUACAAGAAACAGAAGAAGGAGCUCAGUGAUAUCGUUCAGCCGAUCAUCGCGAAGUUGUAUCAGGGCGCGGGCGGCGGCGUCCCGCCGACCGGCGGCGACGAGGACGAUCUAAAAGAUGAACUUUAACUAUGAAUCGAUCGGUGCAUACAUUUGUCUUAAUUUAGACUGAAUUCCCGCAGUCUCUCGUGCAGAAAACGGUACCAGAGAUUAAAAGCCACGUCGUUGAUGCGUCAGGUAUAAACGAAAGACUGAUCGACGAACGUUCGUUAUUCAUUAUGUUGCAUCGGAACGAGAACGGUACUCGUGCGCGCGCCGAUCGCACCUCCCGUACCGGUUCUAUAACGUAUUUCGCCACGUAACGUAAAAGGUUUUCUUCGUAAAAGGUAAAGAAGAUACACACUUAAUGGGGAAGAUUUCUACCAUCGAGAGGAAUGGGGGUAGCUUCUUUCGUUUCCGAUUAAGACUAUGCGCGUUAAUUUAUUUUACUUAAUUUUUUUUGUAUGUUCUAUUACAUAUAUAUAUAUAAAUCGAAUAUAUAAUCGAAUAAACACAGUUACGUAACACUCAUGUUACAGAUACGCAGCGUGUGUGUGUGGAAUUAGAAUGAUUGUUCCGUGAAAUGGCGACAGUAUUCGCGCCUAUUACUGCCUGUAGAGAGACUAUAUCGUACUGUGUACAAUAUAGUUGUCUUUUUAUGUGAGCGAAUGUCAUAUAUAUAUAUAUACAUAAAUAUAUAUAUAUAUACAAUCUCAUCGAAAUAAACAUUUUUUCAGUAAACCAUAAA